AUCUGAUUUUCUGUAGCGUUUGUGAGCAAUAGAUGGUGUGAGGAAAUCUUAGUAUAAAAACUCCUGACAUGUCCACAGUGAAGUCAGUCUGACUGAGAAGACACCAAAACUUCAACUCAAGAUACUUUGAAAGCAGAUUCUGCAAAUCAGCUCCUCAGAGGGACAGAGAUGGAUCUGUACCAGGCAAAGUGGACACACUUUGCUGUCGGUGUGCUGCUGCUCACACUGCUCCCCAGCCGUGCUACUGGAGGUGACGUAAAGAAAGAGUUGUCUGAUUGUCUGGAAGACACUGACUACGACGUGCUGCUGCAGACUGUGGAGGAUGGCCUUCCACCCACCGAUAAUCCUAAUCAUGUUGUAAUUGUCGGAGCUGGCAUUGCAGGACUGACUGCUGCAAAGCUGCUGGGAGAUGCAGGACACAAGGUUACCAUUUUGGAGGCCAGUAAUCGGGUUGGAGGACGAGUGGAGACAUACCGCGAUGAUAAAGAGGACUGGUAUAUCGAAUAUGGAGCCAUGCGGAUUCCAAAUAAUCAGCACAUCAUCCAGUUGUUUGCCGAGCAGCUGGGUGUUGAGCUAAAUAAAUUCAUCAUGGAUGACAAUGACACCUUUUACCUGGUUAACGGGGUGCUUGCGAAGAACAAAGAAGUGAAAGAGAACCCAGACAUCCUGGGGUACAAGGUGUGGGCAAAUGAGAGUGGGAAAUCAGCUGACGACCUGCUAACUCACGCUUUGAGGAAGGUGGAAGACUAUGUGAGGAAAUAUGGUUGCAUAGCUGCACUGAAAAGAUUUGAUAAAUAUUCUGUGAAGGAGUACCUGGAAGAAGAGGGAGAUUUGAGCAGCGAAGCCAUAAGGAUGAUUGCAGACCUUCUUAAUGAGCAGAGUCUCAUGUACUCAGCGCUGAGUGAGAUGGUCUAUCUCCAGUCGGACAUCAACGAUGACACCAAGUAUUUCGAAGUGACCGGUGGUACAGACCUCCUCCCUAGAGCUUUUCUUCCUGUCCUACAGAAUGUUGAUAUUCACCUAAACUCCAUGGUGAAGCACAUCAGCCAGGAUGAUAAAGGCGUGAUUGUGUCCUACCAGAAAGACGACCAGUCUGAUCUCACUGACAUUUCUGGUGACUUUGUCUUGGUGACUACAACAGCCAAGGCAGCCAUUUACAUCGACUUCAAUCCACCUCUAUCUACCCCAAAGAUGGAUGCUCUUAGGGCGGUUCACUACGGGAGCUCCACCAAAGUCGUCCUCACCUUCAGCAAGAAGUUCUGGGAGGACGACGGCAUCUACGGGGGAAAGAGCAUCACAGAUGGGCCCUCUCGAUUCAUCUACUACCCCAGCCAUGGUUUCCCAAACAAGAAAAUCGGAGUCCUCCUGGCUUCCUACACCUGGGCCGAUGACUCCCUCCUCUUCCUGGGUAAAACAGAUGAAGUCGUGGCAGAUCUGGUUUUGAGAGAUUUGGAAAAGAUCCACGGCAAGCACGUCAGGUCUCUGUGCACAGGGGUGAAGGUGAAAAAGUGGAGUGCAGAUCCUUACAGCCUGGGUGCCUUCGCUCUGUUCACCCCCUAUCAGCAUUUAGAGUAUGCUAGAGAGCUCUUCAGGAGUGAGGGCAGGGUGCACUUUGCUGGGGAGCACACGGCUUUCCCUCAUGCUUGGAUUGAGACGUCUAUGAAAUCUGCUAUCAGGGCGGCUACAAACAUCUCCAACGCGGCGCACUUUAAGCCACACUCAGGUCAACCACGAAUUGAGCUCUAGAGUCUGGAGGAUUCAGGUUUAUGGUACUAAUGAAACUAAAAGGUGAUCGCUUCUUCAAAUUCCCCUUUCACAUUGAAUCAUACAUUUUCUCUUUACUGCUGUGUGCACCUUACUCCUCUGAAACGGGUAUUUUCUGAGGUAACUGUACUCUGAUUAAAUAUUGUUGGGGGGGAAACAUGUGAGAACAGCUCUUAUGUAUCAAAUCAAACUCAAUCACACUGCUAACGUACUCCUUUGAGAACUGGCUCAGGAAGAGGGGACUCAAAGGAGGAUGAUUGCCUUUUUUUAUUUGGUCUCUUAUUGUAAUUUUCAGUAUGUGUAACUUCUGUGUGGAUUUUGGUGGGGAUAAACUAAUAAACUUCUUCUACUCCAGG